GCGAAGACAGAACAGACGCUGCGAAAGGAGGAAAGGACUUUUCUCAGACAUCGGAUGCAAACAGACAGCAGGAAGGACUGAGGAGCCAGCUCCCUCGGAUUUGGUCACCAGGGAAAUCAGAGACAAUGACUUGGCUCCUUUUCCGAACCACAGGCGCUCUGGCCAUUUUAAUGGUGGUUGUAUUGGUACAUGGAGAAUGGAGAAUUGAGACAAAAGGACAAGAAGAUGAUGGAACAGUAAUACAAGCCAAAAGGAGAUACAAACGUGAAUGGGUGAAAUUUGCAAAACCUUGCAGAGAAGGAGAAGACAAUUCCAAAAGAAAUCCAAUUGCCGUAAUUUCUUCAGAUAUUCAAGCAACAGAGAAAAUUACCUACCAAAUUUCUGGAAUGGGAAUUGAUCAACCCCCUUUUGGAAUAUUCGUUAUUAACAAAUUCACUGGAGAAAUUAAUAUAACAUCCAUAGUUGAUCGUGAGGAAACCCCAAGCUUUCAGAUCACAUGUCGUGCCCUAAAUGCCCGGCAACAAGAGGUAGAAAAACCACUUAUAUUAACAGUCAAAAUUUUAGAUAUCAAUGACAAUCCUCCAGUAUUUUCACAAAGUAUAUUCAUGGGUGAAAUUGAAGAAAACAGUGCUACAAACUCACAGGUGAUGAUACUAAAUGCCACAGAUGCAGAUGAACCAAACCAUUUGAACUCUAAAAUUGCCUUCAAAAUUGUCUCUCAGGAACCUGCAGGCACACCCAUGUUCCUCAUCAGGAGACACACCGGGGAAGUCUGUACUUUGACUAAUUCUCUUGAUCGAGAGAAAUUUAGCAGUUACCGUCUGGUUGUGAGUGGUGCAGAUAAAGAUGGAGAAGGACUGUCAACUACAUGUGAAUGUAAAAUUAAAGUGAAAGAUGUCAAUGAUAAUUUCCCAAUACUCCAGCAAUCACAGUAUUCAGCACAGAUUGAGGAAAAUACUUUAAGUUCUGAGUUGCUACGAUUUCAAGUAAUAGAUUGGGAUGAAGAGUUCACAGAUAACUGGAAUGCAGUGUAUUUCUUUACUUCUGGAAAUGAAGGAAAUUGGUUUGAAAUACAUACAGAUCCUAGAACAAAUGAAGGUAUCCUGAAGGUGGUUAAGGCUCUAGAUUAUGAGCAACUGCAAAGCAUGCAAUUCAGUAUUGCUGUCAGAAAUAAAGCUGAAUUUCACCAAUCAGUAAUCUCUCAAUAUCAAGUUAAAUCAACCCCAGUCACAAUUCAAGUAAUAAAUGUAAAAGAAGGUAUUACAUUCUAUCCUGGUUCCAAGUAUUUUACUGUCCAAAAAAGCAUAAGUAGUAGCAAAUUGAUCAAUUAUGUCCUGGGAUCCUAUCAAGCCAUUGAUGAAGACACUGGCAAAGCUGCCUCAUCUGUCAGAUAUAUCAUGGGACGUAAUGAUGGUGGUUUGCUAAUUGUUGAUCCAAAAACUGCUCAAAUCAAAUUUAUCAAAAACAUUGAUCGGGACUAUACUUUCAUAAUUAACAAGACAAUCACAGCUGAAAUUCUGGCCAUAGACGAAAUCACCGGUAAAACUUCUACAGGCACUGUGUAUGUUGAAGUACCUGGUUUCAAUGAAAAUUGUCCAACAAUUGUCCUUGAGAAGAAAGAAAUUUGCAGUUCAUCACCUUCGGUGGUUGUUUCAGCUAUAUCACAAGACAAAGAUAAAUAUACUGGGCCCUACACAUUUUCAUUGGAGGAGCAACCUCUAAAGUUGCCAGCUGAGUGGAGGAUCACAACUCUCAAUGCUACCUCUGCGCAUCUAAUAGCUCAACAGCCAACAGCUCUUGGAAUAUACAAAAUCUCCCUCAUAGUUAAAGACAGUAAGGAUCAAUUAUGUGAGCCACCAGAGGACUUGAUCUUGGAAGUCUGUGAUUGUGAAGAUAGGGACGUUUGUAGAGAUUCUGUGUCAAGGGAUGAUUCCCAGCCUAUAUAUGGAGGCAUGGCACAGGGGAGGCUGGGACCUGGAGCCAUUGGCCUGAUAUUCCUUGGACUUCUGCUGUUGCUGUUGGCCCCCCUUCUGCUGCUAACUUGUGACUGUGGGAAACUCGGGGGAGUGCCAGGAUUUAUCCCAGUUCCUGAUGGUUCAGAAGGAACAAUUCAUCCGUGGGGGAUUGAAGGAGCCCAGCCUGAAGACAGGGAAGUAACAAAUAUUUGUGUGCCUCCUAUAACAACCAAUGGAAAUGAUUUAAUAGAAACUUGUGAAAUGUGUACAAAUACAUAUGCUGGAGGGACAGUGAUUGACGGAUCUUCGGGAAUGGAAAUAUGCAGCAAAACUGUAGGGGCUGGAGGAUUUGGAGCAACCAUUUGUUCGACCGGACAAUCUGGAACAAUGAGAACAAGGCAUUCCACGGGAGGAAGCCACAGGGACUGCAGUGACAGAACAAUAAGCAUGAGUUUCCUGGAAUCCUACUUUACACAGAAAGCACGUGCCUUUGCUGAGGAUGACAAUGGCCAGGAAGCAAAUGACUGCUUGCUGAUCUACGAUGAUGAAGAAGCACUCGCGGACAAUUACCCCGACUUUCCCAAGGACCCCCUAGAUUGCUGCAGUUUUAUUGCUGAUGAUCUGGAUGACAGCUUCUUAGAUUCUCUCGGCCCCAAAUUUAAAAAGCUUGCAGAGAUAAGCCUUGGAGUCGAUGACCUAGACAACCAUUGUCAGUCACUGGGCAAAGACGGUGGUUUGGGGACUGAGCCCUGUGGCUAUUCUGCAGGAAUCCAGCAGCCGGGGUCUGUCAGGUGCCAGCCUUUGCCAGGCAGUCCAGGAGCCCCCCUUUUAUGUGCUCCCUGCCCUGUGCUCCAACCAGCCAUUUGCAUCGCUGACCCUUUGCAGGGUGGUAGCUAUUUGGUAACUGAUACUUACUCAACUUCUGAUUCCCUCAUUUAUCCUUCCACUGUAACCUUGGAUCCACUUCUCACACAAAAUAUAACAGUGAGGGAAAGAGUGAUUUGUCCCAUUUCCAAUGUUCCUGACAAUGUCUGUGGUUCAACAGAGCUAUGAGGGACACAUAAUGUGAUCUGUUCAGAAGAUCUUGUUCCAGCCUGAUAUAACCAGAAUAACUGGAAUUCCAAACAUACUCACCAAAUCUGGAUGUUGGUACAAAUUAUUCAAGGCAUAAUAUAGUAUAGCACAACUUCUUGAUCUAAUUU